CCCAGUCCCCGGGGUCGCCUCAUUCCCCAUCCUCAGAUCAUGAUCUCUCCUCACACUACCGCGACGCCACCUCAGCCCGCGUAGCCCCAGCCAUGGCUCUGUAGCCGCGACCCCUCUGUGCCCCCGGCCAGUCUCCCCGCUUACCGCGCCUGCGCUCUCCGCUCCUGCCUUCUUUCUUCAGCCGAGGCCGCCGCCGCCUCUCCUUUGCGCAGCCAUGGAGUACUCCACUUUUGCCUUGGUGCCUGUCUUCGUCCAGCUGAGUAACCUCCAGAGCCUCCUCCCAGUUGUUGGUGCAGCCUUCUCCAUUGCCAUCCGUGCCCAACGCCCGUGCUGCAGCCAUGUCACUCCUGGCGACCCUGGGGCUGGAGCUGGACAGGACCCUGCUCCCAGCUAGCGGGCUGGGCUGGCUCGUAGACUAUGGGAAACUCCCCCUGGCCCCUGCCCCCCUGGGCCCCUAUGAGGUCCUUGGGGGAGCCCUGGAGGGCGGGCUUCCAGGGGGGGGAGAGCCCCUGGCAGGCGACGGCUUCUCUGACUGGAUGACCGAGCGGCUCGACUUUACAGCCCUCCUCCCUCUGGAGCCCCCCUUGCCCUCAGGUGCCCUCCCCCCACCUUCCCCACCCCCACCUGACCUGGAAGCUAUGGCCUCCCUCCUCAAGAAGGAGCUGGAGCAGAUGGAAGACUUCUUCCUUGAUGCCCCACUCCUCCCACCGUCCUCCCCACCCCCGACACAGCCAGCACCGGCACCCUCCCUCUCCCUCCCCCUCCCCCUGCCCACCUUUGACCUCCCCCCGCCCCCUGCCCCGGACACCCUCGACUUGCUGGCCAUCUACUGCCACAGUGAGGCCGCGCAGGGGGAGUCGGGGUUGGCGCCCCUGUCACCCCCACCGCAACCCCCUCCUCCUCCCCCUCAACCCUCCCGCCCCACCCCCUACCCCAAUCCUGCCGCCACCCGAGGGGACCGCAAGCAAAAGAAGAGAGACCAGAACAAGUCAGCAGCUCUGAGGUACCGCCAGAGGAAGCGUGCAGAGGGCGAGGCCCUGGAGGGCGAGUGCCAGGGGCUGGAGGCCCGGAACCGGGAGCUGAGGGAGAGGGCUGAGUCGGUGGAGCGGGAGAUCCAGUACGUCAAGGAUCUGCUCAUCGAAGUGUACAAGGCUCGAAGCCAGCGGACCCGGAGCAGCUAGCUGGGCGGGGUCUUCAGGCCAUAGCGGGGGUGCUGGUCUUCAGCUGUGGCUCACUUCUGUUUCUGGGGCUGAGGUGGGAGGUCCCCAGUCAUCCCCCUGCCUCUGGCUGCCUUCCAAACCUCCCCCUCCCCCUCCUCCCCCCUUCCUCCUCCUUCUCCCUCUCCCUCCCCCUCCUCCCCCCUUCUCCCUCUCCCUCCCCCCUCCCCCUUUAUCCUUGCCUCCUUUCCUGUCCAUUCUGAAUUUGCUCCCCUCCUCCCUCCCCAGAAUCAUGGAAUGUUUGGCCUUAGUCAACAUCUAUACCCUUCAACUAACAGCUGAGGAACAGAGGCCCUUGGGGAAUUGGGGGGGCAGGGGAGAGCUUGGAAACCUGGUCUCUCAAGCAGGGAAGUGAGGCCAGGAAUCUCUGCAGAACAUCUAUGCAAAGGAGGACAGGGAAGCCAUCUGGAGACUAAGUCAGGGAGGGCUUUAAGAAAGAUGCCCGUAGAAUACAAGCAAAAUAAGCCAAGUGACCUUGGGGAACUACAUUUGGGGGUGGAACCAAAAGGUGGCCGAGUUCACAGAGCAGGUGGGUAAGUGGGCAGC